AAUUCGUUAAGACAUGGUAGAUUACUAUGAAGUUCUAGGAGUUCAGAGAUAUGCUUCAUGUGCGGACAUUAAGAAGGCUUAUCAUAAAGUGGCACUUAAAUGGCACCCUGAUAAAAAUCCAGAAAAUAAAGAAGAAGCAGAGAGAAAAUUCAAAGAAGUAGCUGAAGCGUAUGAGGUAUUAUCGAAUGAUGAAAAACGGGACAUUUAUGAUAAAUAUGGCAAAGAAGGAUUAAAUGGCGAAGUCGGAAGUAAUAUUGAUGAUUCUUUUGAAUAUGGCUUCACAUUCCAUAAGCCAGAUGAUGUCUUUAAAGAAAUUUUUGGUGAAAGGGACUCAUUUUUAUGUCUUUUCUUUGACGACUCACUCGAGGACCUUUUAAAUAGUGCAAGGAGGUCCUACAGGAGGAGAAACAGAGGUGCAAGAUCCUUUUUCUCGACCUUCCGUGAAUAUCCAGUUUUUGAGAGGUUUUAUGAAUAUGAUGCAAGAUACGCACCAUAUGACUCACUGGGCCAUGAGGACAUGAAUUCUUUCUCUUCCCUGGCAUUUGAGGACAGUGGGCUGGACAACGACGCACCUUUUACUGCACACAAAGCUGCUAACGGCAGAAAGACCAACAUGAGCAGAAUUAUUGAGGAAAGAGAAGGCGAAGAGGAUGGCGAGUUCGAGUCCUUCCUCAUCAUAAACGGUGUGGCCGCGGAGGAGGGCUUCGCAGAACGCAGCUGGAGGAGGCAGCCACCCGACAACUGUACCCCGAAGUCCUACAGCUCCAAGCACGCCCCUCAGUGCACCUGCGUGGAAAAGGAGCCAUGUGCACCGUGGGUUACCAGCAGCAAGGAGCCCCCUGUUUUCCCAGCAGGAUUCAAAGAAGGUGGUAAGAGGAAAAAGAAGAAGCACAGAGAGGCGCACAAGAAGAAGUCAACCAAAAGGCAUCGUUAAAUUGGCUCUUCAGACACAUU